GAUUUAAAGCUCAUUGUGCUGCUCCAGCAGCUGCAUCUCCUCCUGUGAUUGGCUAAUUCUUUUCUCGUCCACUCCCUUUCUUCCCCAGGCACAGCAGCAGCAUCAGAUGAUGUCAUCACCUUCACCUGUGCAGGUGCACACUCCUCAGUCGAUGCCCCCGCCUCCCCAGCCGUCGCCUCAACCCCCCAACUCCCAGCCCAACUCAGUCAGCUCUGGUCCCACUCCAUCUCCGGGGGGUUUUCAGCCCAGCCCCUCCCCUCAGCCCUCACAGAGUCCCGCCACCGCCAGGACCCCCCAGAACUACGGAGUCCCGUCUCCUGGACCGCUCAAUACUCCAGGUGAGUACUGGAAGAAGUAUUAA